GGGGAGCUGGGCGAGGGGACAGCUCCGCUCCCCGAAGCCCAGUGCCUCCCGCCGGGGACUGUCCUGCCGAACCAUGCCUCCGUGGGCAGCCGCCCUGGCGCUGCUGCUGGCAGCGCUCGCCUUGCUCCUCCUGCGCCCCUGGAAGCGCGCUGUCGGAGCGCGAACCUCGGUCCGGGACCACGAGGAGCAGGAGGUGGUGAGCGGAGGCCCGGCCGACCACUUCAGCGACCGGCGCGAACCGCUCCCCGGGGGCUGCAGCCUCAUUUGCAAGCCGUCCGCUCUGGCCCAGUGCCUGCUGCGCGCUCUGCGACGCUCGGCGGCGCUGGAACCGAGCCCGCGCUCCUGGCUGUCGGGGCCCCACCUGCAGACCUUCUGCCAUUUCGUCCUGCCUGUAGGGCCUGAGCCUGAGCUAGCCCGCGAGUACCUGCAGCUGGCAGAUGAUGGGCUGGUGGCUCUGGAUUGGGUCAUAGGACCUUGUGCCAGGGGCCGCCGUGUCACCAACCCUGGGAGCCUUCCUCCAGUGCUACUGGUAAUCCCCAAUGCAUGGGGACGCCUCACCCGCAAUGUACUGGGGCUCUGCCUGCUCGCCCUGGAGCAUGGCUACUACCCGGUCAUCUUCCAUCGCCGCGGCCACCACGGUUGCCCACUAGUCAGCCCCCGACUACAGCCUUUUGGGGACCCGUCCGACCUCAAGGAGGCUGUGACUUAUAUUCGCUUCCGACACCCGGCGGCACCCCUGUUCGCGGUGAGCGAGGGUUCAGGAUCCGCUCUGCUGCUCUCCUACUUGGGGGAGUGCGGCUCCUCCAGCUAUGUGACCGGCGCUGCCUGCAUCUCGCCAGUGCUACGCUGUCGCGAGUGGUUCGAGGCUGGCUUGCCUUGGCCUUAUGAACGUGGAUUCUUGCUGUACCAGAAAAUCGCUCUCAGCAGGUAUGCUUCUGCCCUGGAGGACACAGUAGACACCGGCAAGCUCUUCAGGAGCAGCUCCCUUCGAGAGUUUGAGGAGACCUUGUUCUGCCACACCAAGAGUUUGCCCAUCAGCUGGGAUACCUACUGGGAUCUCAACGACCCACUCCGGGAUGUGGAUGAGGCUGCCGUGCCUGUGCUGUGCAUCUGCAGUGCUGACGACCCGGUGUGUGGACCACCAGACCGCACUCUGCCUGCGGAACUCUUCCACACCAACCCGUAUUUCUUCCUUCUACUCAGUAGCCAUGGAGGCCACUGUGGCUUCCUGCGCCCUGAGCCCUUGCCAGCAUGGAGUCACGAGAUCAUCUUGGAGUCCUUCAGGGCCCUGACUGAAUUCUUCAGAAUGGAAGAGAGAAUGAAAGGGCUGAGCAGGCGCAGGACUUCAUUUUUAGGGGGCCGGCGUCGCUGGGGGGGCCUGCAGAAGCGAGAGGUUUCCCCUUCUUCCAAUCUGGAGGAGAUCUUCGACUGGAAGCGUUCUUACACGAGGUGAGGCUUGCCUAGGGAAGGCCCUGGACCUGCGAGAUAGAUCCCCACAGUAUCACAGCGAGGGGGAGGGGGGACCUGCACCCCUCUCUUAAAGUGGAGAAAGAACUUUCACCCUGAACGUACUACCUUAAGAAGAAUUGCCCUGGCUCUAAGAAACAUUGCACAUCCUGCUCAGCCCCUGGCCACUGUCUUCUGUCAUCAAAGUCACAAGCAAAGUAGCAGCCCUGGUGAAGUUUCAGACUGGAGAGAAAUUCUGGCUCUCCUAGCUGGGAGUCCAGGCAGGAUGAACUUAUGAGAGUAGAUGGGUGGUUCUGUCCCACAUAAAUAAUCAUCUUGGUGACUCUGAGUCUCGAGCUGGAGCCACUCAGUACAGAAAGGACAGGAUGUUUGUGUCUCUGUCCCAUUUCCCUCAUGUGCUCUGCGGUUGUGGUUCUGCUCUGACUCGAAUAUCAGCAGCUGGGGAAGCAGGCUGUCCCAGUUGCCUAGCUCUCCCCAGUCUGAAAGCCAACAGAGGCAGGAGAUGCUGGGCCGAGGCCAGGGUGGAGAGAGCUGGCUAGAAUGUGAGUGUCUGUCCCUGCCUCUCAUGGCGAAUGGAAGCUCCAGGGCUAACGUAGGCCUCUAAGCCAGGCUCUCAAGCUGGUUCAAUCCAUCUCCUAAAAGUAUUUUAGGAGUAAGAGGUGCUAUUACCCAGGGUCUAAGGGUUCUGUUAGGUCAUGGCUGUGGUAGCCAGGUUAGGCCAAACACACACACACACACACACACACACACACACACACACACACACACACACACCCCUUCAGUUCUGAUCCAGGAGAUUCCUCCAGAGAGCAGCAGCCAGAUGUGCUCCUCCUGAAAUGUGGGCUUUCUCAGUCAGUGAUGAGAGUAACAGCCCUCAUAAGAGUUUCUGAUCAGUGUUCUGGCACUAGCUUCUCCCUUUCCACAGCCAGGCAAAGAUAUGGGAGCAGAGGAGAGCAGAACCCCAAGAGCAUGGUGAAGCAGCCCCACUAUUCCCGAGUGUCCACAUUACAGCUUUGUCUGCUCAAUUAUUCAGAAAGCUGAAGCUGUUUUCUGGAUCCAUUCACUCAGCCAGUGAGUGGCCAUUUGGUUUUAUGAGGGAUAAGGCUGAAGCCCAGAGAGCAGUAAGCUAGACGUACAGAGCUUGGAUUGGACUGAGCCUUUACACAUUAUUUUGACAGCUGGACAUCUGGAUCCAUGUAUUGUUAAGAUUCAAAAUCUACCCUGAAAUUUUGUUUUUUAUUUAUCCAUGGUGCUUGGGCCUUGCUUGCUAGGCAAACCCUCUACCACUGAGCUCUACAUCCAGUCCAGAAGUUAUUUUUUUAGUUUAUCAGUGGGAAAGAAGGCACUGGGUUUAGACUUAAAGAAACAAAACAGUUUGAAAGAGGCCUUCACAGCCAAAGGACAAGGAGCACUCACAGGUGCACCAGGGCUUCCAUUCCAGGUUUGGAUAACCUUGUCCACCUAGUCGGGUUUUCUGUUUGCUUGUUUUGGGCUUUUGUUUUGUUUUCUGCUUGGCCAGGAACUCACUAUGUAGACCAGGCUGCUCAAUACAGAGAUCCACCAGAGAACUGGAAUUAAAGGCUCUCCACCGAGCCUUCUAAUCUUGUUCUUUUAGACUAAG